AUGCAGCUCAUUCGAUCGUCCCAUCUGCCCGAAUCCCCUUCUAAACAGCUAAGUGGGCCGUUCACUGGAUCAGUUCACUUCGAUCCAAUCUUCUUCUCAGAAGACGGCACCGCAUGUGGCAAUGUUAGCUUUGCACCCGGCGCUAGAUCGUACUGGCACAUCCACGAAAAGGGCCAGAUUUUGACAGAGCCCAGACGAUUACAGGUUGGAGAUGUAGUCCAUAUUCCAGGCGGCGAAAAGCAUUGGCAUGGUGCUACUGGAAACACGCUCAUGGUUCAUACAGCAAUUUCGUUAGGUGAUUGUAAAUGGCAUGAGGAGGUAUCUGAACCCGACUACGAGAAAGCAAACAAAAGCGCCAUCUAA